AUGUUGGAUGAUGAAGAUGACCAAAGCUUUCACGCUACGCGUGACGGCUAUUCCCAUUUGAGCGAUGUCGAAUGGGAUGCGGUUGAACGGAUGGGUUCAACCAUGGGCAUAUAUGCUGUUAGCGUCAUGCUAGAGGCUCUCAAUAGAGAUGCCCAACAUGCUACUAUCGCCAAGUUCAUUCAAAAUGAACUUGACGCAGAACGCGAGAAAGUAGCCUUGCUUCACCAACAGGGUUAUCAACAAGCAGAGUUGUUGAGAGAACAGGGUGCUCAACAGUUUGAACUGUUGAGACAGCAGCAGGCUGCUGCCGGUGGGUCGAUGCACUCGCGUCGACCCGAGACUUUGAAGAUUGACAUCUCUAAGCAUAAAGGAGUCGAAGAGGACUCCCUAUUGAGAUGGUUCGUCGAAUUAGACGAAGCCAUAAGGGCGCGUCGCAUCGACGACGGGGAUAUGCAAGUUGCAUUUGCCCAAUCGAAUCUGGCAGGACGUGCCAAGACUUGGGCUUUUGGGCUCAAGUUGCACGACCCAUAUGCGUUUGGGUCGUUGGAAGUCUUCUAG